AUGGAGGGCGCUGGGGUCUGGGACGAGGUUCCUUGCAUUGUGGUCAAGGGAGUGUGCGACUAUGCGGACUGUCACAAGUACAAGGGAUGGCAGAGUUUCGCAGCAGCGACAGCGGCCUCGGCGUGUAAGGCAAUUCUAGAAGGCUAUAUCCAAACUGACAAAGCUCCGAAUGCGUCUGCGGGUGACGACACCGGGAGCCGCAACAGUCCCACGGCCAGCACACCUCAGCAGGACCGAGCAGCCAGUGCCCCGCAAGGACCGGUUUUCCACGGGCCCAUCUCAGGCCAAUACGUCAUCCCGGGAACCCACACGACGGGAGGGACCGUCAACUUCAAUUUCGGGCCGCAGAGCUAA